AUGGACCAUCUCGAGCAUACAUUCCGCGCGCUGGGACAUACCGCACUCAACCUUGGAACUACCAUCCCUGGUUUGAGGAACUCGAUCCCGAGACAGGCGAAAGACUCGGACAACGGACACAAGAUCAGUAUUCCGUUGGCUCACUUGGUCGUGAUCAGUGAUGGCACUCCGAUCGGAUUCAACGACGACGACUCUCCAUACGACAUGCUACUACCUCCUAUCGAAUCGUCUCGCCGUCCACUCGGCCCCAGAGGAUUCUCCCAGGCCGAUCCGGUGGAGACACCCGGCCCAAUCACGACAGCCCUAUUCUUAGAUGUUUCUUAG